AUGUUGAACGGUAGCACCAUAGGGAGACCCAGCUCCGCUUAUCCUGGUGCUUCACAUAUCGCAGAAGCAACAACACCAGGCGAGAUAGGCGGUCCAGUAGAAGAGACUGAAUUGAAUGGGUACCUCAGCGCGAACAGGAAGGUCGCACAGGCAACGCCUCUUGUCCAAAAUCAGGUCCACGGGCGUUCGACGGCACAUGCUUUUGACGAGCAUAUCCAUGUGGGGUCGCCACCAGUGCAAAACGGCAUCAGCCAGCUGAAUGGAGGCAAUUUUGGACCACUAGUUACGGCUUCGCAUGCGAACGACGGUGUCGCAUUUGAGUUCCAUCCAUCUGGUAUCUUUAUUCCGAGUUCUCGAAAUUCGAACCAGCAAGGGCCGCCGGGUGCGUUCGCUCCGGAGUGGGCACCGUGCGCACGCACAUGGACAGCAGCACCAGCGCAGACGGUAGCAGGAGCAGUUUAUACCUAUCCACAUCGCAAUCCGGCCGCAUGGGCCAAUAGUGCCGAUGGCCGUUAUUUUUCUCGUAGCUUGGGCCGAGGACUGUCGCCUGGGCACUCGAACGCCAUACCCAUUCAUGGGGUGCAAAAACUGGGACACACCGCCUCGCCUUUGAAGCAGGAAAGUAUAGAGCCUGGUUGCCUAACUGAUUAUUAUGAUCGAAAUCGAGUAGCGAUUCAAUUGACUGGAAAACUGAUAGCUUCCGGGCAGUUGGAAUCGCUGCUGGAGCAGUCACCUGAAGACGAGCAUGUUACGGUAUGGCAUCCAGCCACAGGCCGAACGGUAGCCGGAAAUGCCGCACCGUAUCGUCGCAAUCUGGAUGCCUGGCUAGAGAAGAAUCCCGGAUGGGUCGAAAAAUCGUUUGAGGAGAAGAGCUCCAAGCGCCGACGAGCGUCCCGGCGCUCGCGAGCGGCGAUGGCGGCAUUUUCAUCCUUAUCUACUGCCAACGACCACGUUCGCGAUAUCCUCAAAGAGGUAGACCAGAAAGUGCGUGAAGCACUUCGGGAGAGAAGACGCACAGGCACUCCAGAGGAAGCGAUGAUGGUUGCUGAAACAGUACCCAUCGCCUCUGAGGCCUCAUUCCAAGACUCGUUCACCACGACUGUUAUGAAUUAUGUGUUGAAAGACUGGACAUCAGAUGAAGUCGUUCGCCUGGUGGAAUUGAUCGUGCGCUGCAGUGAAGAGCUGGCCCAUUUGGGGCAUGGAGUCGAUUCAGACGACGAAUGCUGUGAUCUUGCUGAGCUGGCGGAGCACGGCUCGAUCGAGGCGAACAUUACAGAAAGUUUUCUGAAUUGUCGAAAGCAUCGUUCGCGAGGUCCGUGCUCAGUUGCGAUGCCUCUACGCACGUGUGCCGCACAAAGAGAAGUUGCCCCUGGAAGUGGUGGUGGAGUUGGCGGCGGCAGCGGCAGCGGCGGUGGCCAGCUUGUCCCGCUUGACAUGGAUGAUAUACAGUUCGUGCCUUCACCUGUACGUAACGAGACGCCGUGCGAAAUUCAUCCCCAUUCGACUGAUACAAAUUCGGCUUGGAGAAAAAUUUUUGAGGCGCUGCCCUCAAAACACCCGAGCUCCGUGAUUCUUCGCACCCAUAUUUUGUUUUCGCAGGUGCUCCUAGCAGCUGCACAUCGCGGUACGCUGACCAAUCUUAUACAGAGCCCGUCACCGACAAGUUCCACAAGCUUGGGGAGAACGCAUCUCGAGCACUUGAACCGUGCGCUUUCAUCGAGUCACGAUUCAUCGUACGGUGCCGAGCAGCUCGCUGGCUUUGCAAGCCUGGGGCUCCAUGCGCACUCGCCUUCAGUGUCACCAGCGACAGGGCUGAGCUGCAGCGCUCCGACGGAGAGCAAUGGAACACCGCGUAGUAUGUUCCGUGAUGUGCGGGUCACGGUCUGGGACCCUACGACUGGGAAAACCAUCUCCGGCAACGCGGCUCCAUGUUGGCGAAACCUUGAAAUUUGGAUGAAAGAGCAUCCGGGCUGGUGUGUCAAACCUGAAGAUGAACUGAGCGCCUCUAGACGAUCGAAACACAAGCGAGCUCGUGAACUGGGCAUUCCUUGUUCCUCAAGUCCGUUUCCAGCCUCAGUCAGCGGCUUUGAAACCGCUCUGGCGGAGAUACGCACGAGAAGUGAUCGUCUACCAGGGAGCCGAUGCGCCGUCGCUGCAGGACAAGCAGACUAUAGUUCUAUGGCGCAUUCUUUACCGGAUGAGCAUGACUGCAUCGAGGGUCUCCUCAUGAUGCACGCUGGUCGUCCACUUGGGAAUGCCCGAGCUGAGGUUGCGGAUCUUCGCGCGUCACCCUAUGGAAAGCCACCGUUACCACCACAGCCACUGCUGCUGACGACGAGUUCUGACCAGAGCUCCACCCCAGAGACCAUGCACGCCAAUGGAGAGACCGCGUGA